AUGGUGACACUUACCAUCGAAGAGCAGCACAACUUGUUCUCCAUUUGUGCACCAUACAAGAACUGCUUAAAAGCUCGACUUGUGAAUCCUGUCGAAAUCGAUGGCCAGCUUCGUACCAUCAACGCGACGAUGAAAUGUGAAAUCUGGAAGAAGAUUCACGCUAAAUUUAUUGCCAAACAUCCACGAUUAAACAAAUGCACGGUAAAAGAGAUCCAAGUGUACUACGGCUGUUGGAAACAAAAGCAAAAGAUGCUACUCAACCGUUUGUCCAGAGGCGAGACCUUAUACGACGUAAGUGUUCUUUAAAUAAACAUAAGAUUUCGUAUUAAAAUCUUAAAAAGUGACAUGAAAAAUAAUCAAAACGAUUUUAGUCGGAACUAGACGCUUUGAAAGCCAGUGGAAUUGACGUGGAAAAGUUCAAAAGCAACAGUGUAAGAGACGGAUCGAGUCCUAUUGUCAUUGAUAACCCAGUCGAGGGUAUCCCGAUGAAUGACACAGAAAGUGCUAGUACUGUCACGGAAUACUCGAUAGAACAACCAAUGGUCAGCAAGCAGGAAAUCGACGAAUUUCCGUCUUCAAGCAUCAACGAUGACCCGCUACACUUUCGUUCAUUGUUAAACGAUGCUAUUUCUAACAAUGAUCUUAUUGGAAAUACUCCACCACUCGUAAGUUACCUUAAAAAAUCAUUCAAAAUUUUUAAAAUACCACAAUUUUAAGCUUUGUACUUAAAAACCGUUAUUUUAGUUUGGCAACUCUAUUCCUGGUUAUUCACGGCCAUUAACCAUAACCGAUGCCUUAAGUAUUGUCGACUUUUGCCAAAACAAAGACCUCAAGUUCGAGAUGACUUCAGACAAUUUGGUAUUCCGUCCUAGGCGCACGGAAGAAGACCAGAAUAUCAACAUUCCUAUCCAGUUAUUCAAAGAACUAUCCAAGUAA